CCCUAAUGUGUGGAGGUAAGCCAACCGAAACCUGUGGCGGUAUUUAGGCUUUAUGCCCGUAGGAGCUGCGGGUAAAGGAGAUUCACGGCAGGGUUCAGGGAUUCAGCGCCCCCCAGUGCCCGCACAUAGAAAUGACACGUGAAACUCCCUAAGCCGGCUGGCCAAUCAGAUUCGCGUUCCGGAGAGCUGUGUCGUUACAAACCAGCCAAUGAGGAGCGCGAACGAAGUCUGUGUUCGGUCACGAGGUCAAACCAAGAGCCGAAGAGUUUUGGAGAAGCGGAGAAGAGGCGAGUUUCUAUUGUGCUGGAAUUCGCUUUACAUCAGCGCUAAAGUCUGAAUUCAGCCGGAUCUGCUUCCGGAUUAAAAACCUCGGAACCUUAAAAACUCCCGAUACACUCGGAUCUGCGGCCGGAGGUCCUGGAUCCGCUGUAAACAGCCGGUAGUUCGGGGUUUGGAGGAGCUAAGGGGUGUCUGCAGGUCUGGACAGAGAUGAGUGACCCUGAGCCACCAACGUUUUCAUGUGUGGAAGAAGAGCGGGAUUACUGGAAGGAGCAGGCAGCCAAACAGCAGCAGAGGGCUGAUGAGGUUCAGGAGGAGCUGCAGGAGUUCCAGCAGAUGAGUCGUGAUUAUGAGGUGGAGCUGGAGACGGAGCUAAAACAGUGCGAGGCUCGAAACCGUGACCUGUUAACUUCAAAUAACCGACUACGCAUGGAGCUGGAAAACUACAAGGAGAAGUAUGAGGUGCAGCAUUCUGAGGCCUGCAGACAAAUUUCCACUCUGGAGGGAGACCUCGCAGAGACCACCGCCAUCAAAGACCAGUUACAGAAAUACAUCCGGGAGCUGGAGCAGGCCAACGAUGACCUGGAGAGAGCCAAGAGGGCCACCAUCAUGUCCCUGGAAGACUUUGAGCAGAGGAUGAAUCACGUAAUAGAGCGGAAUGCUUUCCUGGAGAGUGAACUGGAUGAGAAGGAGAACCUGCUGGAGUCGGUGCAGAGGCUGAAGGACGAGGCCAGAGACUUGAGGCAGGAGUUGGCUGUUCAGCAGAAGGAACGUAAACCCUCCCUCAGUUUGUCUGUUGAUGGAGAGAAAACGGACACGACCCCAUCUCGGACCCCUGCAGCCUCCCUCCUGACCACGCCCCCUAGACCCCCGGGCUCCGCAAGCACCUUUAACACACCCCCAUCCUCCUACAGCCGAAUUGAAGGUCUAACUGGGACGCCACUGACCACAUCUGCUCGGAUAUCUGCCCUCAAUAUCGUUGGGGAGCUUCUGAGGAAAGUGGGGAAUUUAGAGUCGAAGUUGGCUUCGUGUCGUGAACUACAAGUCCAUGACAGAACACCAAGCCGGACGCUGAUCGUUCAGAGCUCACAGUCCACAUCACGAGAUACGUUAGAAAACCAGCCAAGCACCAACGGCCUCUACGAUAAGGGGAUGGUGAAGCGGUUGGACUUCAGUCAGGGGUCGAAGAUCGUUCUGUGAUCGAGUCUGAUCUCCAUCAGUGGUCCAGACGGUUCUGGAUCACUUCUCCUGCACACAGUAUUCACACCAUCGCCUCUUAAUGCACAACACCACAUCUUGUUUUUAUGAACUGAUGUGUAGCUAAUGCUAUAACUGUCUUCAUGUUCGUCUCCCUGUGGGUCCAGCAGAACGUCUGAAGUCUGAGGGGCUUUAGGACCACAUGAAUGUUGUUUUUUUUUUUUUUUUUUUGUUUUGUUUUCCUGCUUUACUACUACUGUCUGACAGCACUGCUGACCCCCAGUCUGUGUCCUGCGUUGCUCUGUAUAUAUUUACAGCCUAUUUUUGUACGCUGAGUCUGCCUUUAACACUGGUCUGGAGUUAACAAGCUUCUGCUGAGAUGUUUUUCUGUGUGGUGACCUGUUGUUAUGGGUCUGAUAUUUGUCUCUUAUCUUGAACUUGAUGCCUUUUUAUGGUGAGGCCAAAGAUGGAAGCAGUUGGUGAUGACUGUAUGAGUUUACAGAGUGACUGGCAGGCAGGAGAGAUGAGGAUCUACAGCACAACUGCUGCAGGAAUGUCAGAAGUCAAUUGUGGAGUUCUCGAAAAACCACAGGAGCUUUCUGCUUUAGUGCUAUGUUACAGUAUCCAUAUCCAGGAUAUGCAUAUUUUAAGGUUGUUUUUCCAACAGCAUGAGACAGCAUAUCUAGUUGAUUAUCCUUUUCUUUAAACAGACAGGUAUUUGUUUCUGUUACUGUGCCUUUAAGACUGAUUUACAUAAAUAUGCUGUAUUUUGA